AUGCCUGGCCCGCCAGGCUAUUGGCGGCAGCUGCUGCCAUGGCCCUCAGCCGCUGACGACGCCCCGAUCACGAUAACGACGGAACCAUCACGGAAUCUAUUGGCGAGGCGCGAUCUAUCAGACGAUGCCGUCGCCGGCCUCGCGGUCGGAAUCGUCGUCUUCUGCGUCCUGCUCGCCUUUUGCCUCUACCCCGUCAUCGUUGGCUGUCUCAAGCGCCGCAAAAGAGAGAGGCGGCUGCGCCAGCAUCGUCUCGACGAGGAGGCUGCCAUUGCAAAUGGACAGGAUGCAUCCGACGGUGCGCGCCCACGACUCUCGUCAAGUGACUCGCUCAAGCAUAGCAAUGCCUUGGCGAGGGGCCACGACUUUGAUCCCGCCGCUGUUCCGCAAAGUGAAGGUGUGCCCAACCCAGACCCUGUGCUAUUGAACUUUGGCCAGUAUGGCCCGGAAACUGCGAAGGCCACUUUCGAAUACAUGCCCAAGGACAUGGUUGAUGGCCAAGAUGAUAAACCGGGUAUACUCAAGGGUACGAGCGAGGACUACUACCGAACAUCAAUACCCUCAUCAGCCUUUGGCAUGGUCGACGAACCCAUUCUUGCCGAGAUCUCAACUCGAACAAUCUCAAGAGCUAGUUCUCUAUCGCACAAUGUCCGCCACAUCUUCCGCCGCAAAAGCGACAGAAAUCAGACACUCAGCUCCGUCAAUUCGUCCAACAACGGUGCCGACCAAGGCGCGACACCGCUCCAGCGCAUCACCACAGCCGAGGAGGCCAUGGCUGAGUCCCCAAAGGAGCUGUCGCCGAGCUCUAGUCCAGCUCCGCAGUCUGCUUAUCGGCUUAUCCAACACGCCAUCUCCGCGAGCACUGCUCAAGUCGCCAUCCCCUCCGAACAACCCAGCACCAGAAUAGAGUAUCAGCUCUCUUCGUCAUGGUACGAGUCGCCGCCCUCCCAGGCGCUACAGCCUCCCGCGGAGCUAGACAACGUUUCACCGGGCAGCACAAACCAAGCCAGCUCGCCAGAAGUCCAUGUGAGCUCGGCAAAUGAUGAUACACCAGAGCAGAAGGCAUCUGAAUCAAACCAUACUUUUGCGGGAGAAGAUAAUCUUCUCCACGCAGACAAUAUUACAUCUGCUGGCCGGCAUCCAAGCUUUCCAUCAGAGCAUUCCACGCCUCUGCCGGGUCCUGGGUUCACAGACGUCUCGUCGCAAAACACGCCGUCCACGCAACUGGAUACUCCAUCUCCAGACUCUCGAAACAGCUCCGAUUUCCGACACAGCGCUUCUCCCGGAAUGGUUGCAAACCAUGUGCCGUCGCCUGUCAAGAACCAGGACGGCAUGUAUCAGUGUGAUGAGCCUGGCUGCACCCAGUACUUUGAUCAGCCGCACAAGCUUAAGCAUCACCAGCGCUAUCAUAGUAAAGACCACAAGUGCUCGUACCCUGGCUGCGGCAAGGGUUUUGGCACCAAGACACACUUGCAGCGUCACAUCAACGAUAGACAUGAAAAGAAGAAGAAGUUUCAUUGCUCUGUCGACGGUUGCGACUACUCGAAGAAUGGCGGGAGGGCGUUUCCGAGAAAAGACAAUUGGAAGCGCCACAUGAUCAAGAUUCAUCAUGUCGAACAGCAACAACUGCCCAUGCCCGUCGAGGUAGAUGCGGAAAUGACUGGCGAUAAGCACGAAAUGAGGACGAGGCUUCAUUACUCAGUCGAUGGCUGCGACUACUCGAAGAAUGGUGGCGAGACGAUCUCCAGAAAAGACAACUGGAAGCGCCACAUGAUCAAGAUUCAUCAUGCCGAGCCUUUGCAACUGCAUAUACCCGUCAAAGCGGAUGCGGAAAUGACCGACGAAUAA